AUCCACGGGAAAAGGAGGGUUAACCAGGCAGCGUCUCCUCCCUCUUUAAGGCCUAGACGUGACCGACCCAGGUGACAGUUCACAAUGCAGACCCAGGGCAUCUUCUGAGGUUUUACGAAACGUAGCGGGGUGGGGUCGCUCUGAUGCGCAACCAGAAAGCCGAUCCAGACCGCGAAUGCAAUGUGCUCCACACAGCAAAUCUAGUCUAUUUCAACUUAAAUUAUUUUAGCCGUGCAGAACUAGUAGCCUACAAACGACUUCGCUAAUUUGUAUUAUAAGGCUCUUACAUUUCUUACCAUCUAGCAAGCAUCGUAGGAUUUCUGAAAAAAAUGAGAUAUAGGUAGACAAGUACAUUUUCCUGACUGGACAGAAUUUGAGUGGGUGCAGGGAGCAUCAUUUCCCAGUCUCCAGUCCGUGAGUAGGACGUUCUUUCGGGACUCUCAUCAGUAGCCUAACAAUUUGAUUCAGAUUUGAAGUACAUAGGUUAUUCUAUCUCCAUCGUUGAUUAUGGCAUGGCCGUGCAUCACACGGGCUUGCUGCAUUAACCGCUUCUGGAGUGAAUUAGACAAAGCAGACAUCGCCGUGCCUCUGGUUUUCACGAAAUAUUCGGAUGUGGCCGAGGUGCAACACCUCCAUCCUCAGCCUCCAUCUAGACAGACGAGGACCGGACCUAUCACCAUAGAAACCCAACCUUCUCACAGUGAACCGGCGGCGGUGGCGGCCAAGGCACCGCCCGCGACUGGUGCCGCAUCAGGAAAACAUGGCUGUAGUGCGUCUGUGAUGCGCCAGGAUUUCAGGGAAUGGAAAGAUAUACGCCCGGAGCCCAGCUACAAACCCAAGAAUGAAUAUCACCCCUCGGCGACUCCUUUCAACAACGUAACCCAGUAUCAGAAGGAUUAUAAACCAUGGCCUGUCCCGAAAAAGGGAGACCACCCCUGGAUCCCCAAACCCAGCCCCACCGCCUCCUCCGGUGCCCAAGAAGGAGGCGUAGGGACCAAAUUGGAGCAUGCAGCCACAGAGCCCGAGAGCGGUGUGGAGAAGAGUGAAAUUGAAGAAAAGGUGCAAGAGAAAGAAUCCAUAGAGAGGAAAAAGAAACCAGUGAAGAAGGAGAAGACUGUAGAGAAGAAAGUGAGUGCCAAAACGGAGGGACUGCCACCAGCAGGAGCCACUGUGGAGGGGAAAGGAAGGGCAGCAGCAGACGCGCUGAACAGACAGAUAAAACAGGUCGUCUCAACUGGCACUGGCAGCUCUUAUAGGAAUGAGUUCAAGGCGUACAAAGACGUGAAGCCAGUGAAGUUAACCAAGCCCCAGUCUCAGUACAAACCUCCUCUGGAUGAGAAGGACAAGACCAGCCUGGAGACCAGCUACAGCGCCACCUACAAGGGGGAGCAGACCAAGGUGCAGCCCACUGACAACAAGCUACUGGAGCGCAGGAGGAUACGCAGCCUGUACAACGAGCCGGGCGGCAAGGAGACCACCAAGGAUUGUUCUGAGACUGAGAGCAGCUCUAUUCUAGAUCUGCUGUAGUCAGGUGGACAAGACAAAAACCAAACCAAAAAAGACACCAACAACAACGAGCAAAAUGGUGAAAAAGGCGAAAGAGAAGACCAUCGCUGGUGCACUGUCAACCAAGAAGAAAACCUCCACGAGUACCAAACCAGACGAGUCCAAGCCAGAAGGAGGUGUUAUCUCGAAGAAGAGCAAAGAGAUAAGCAAUAGACUGGCUGAGGCAAAAAAGUAAAAACAAAACAUCUCUGCACUACUUCAUUUUGGGAAUUAAAGGCUGCCUAAUGAAUUAGAGAACUCUCAUCCAUUUGGUCUAUCUCCUUCUCUUUGUCUUUUCCUUCAUGUUCCUCAUCUCUGUGUAUACUCACUAGAUGUGGAGCUUUUAAGUUGACAGUUUGACAUCUUCACCAUGCUCUUGUUUAACUAUAAUACUUUGUGUGUGUGUGUGUGUGUGUGUGUGUGUGUGUGUGUGUGUGUGUGCGUGUGCGCGCGCGUGUGUGCACUUCCUCUCUCUGUUAAAACUUCAGCACCUUUUUUAUUAUUAUUUUGUUGCAUUUGUCAAACCUUUGUAGAAAGGCUGAUUAACCAUUCUAAAACAGAGAGCCAUUGAUACGCAGUAUGUGGCUCUUAAACGGCCGUUGAAGGCAGUGAGAGGUUGAGCUUUUCUUUCUGACUACCUAUCAUCAUACUGAUGAUGGGUUCUCUAUGGUUCUUUUUUUUCCAUCUCUUAGACGGCAUUGACUAUGUGGUCUCUGCAGAUAUAACAUCUUAACUACUGUAGCGUUUCCUGGUUACAGGGACUCCGCUCUUUGGACCAAGAUUUCAUUUAAUAUUUCAUCAUAUUCAGGAGGAUAUCUGGUUUCAUAAAUUUGGUUGCUAAGAAACCAAUUGAACUGUAAUGUAAUUGCUACAGCUUGCAUGCAAGGCCCUAUUUGUGGUCGUAUAGUAGCAUUCUAGUAUCCUAUUCUCACGGUCACAAUCUAGCUUGUAAUUGAAAUCAUUCAUGAGAAAUCAAAGGGGGCAAACCAUUUCCAGAAUUACUGCAUGUGUACUCAUAGUCUGAUCUCAUACCAUAAGUGUCUACACAAACAAACAAGAAAACUGUCACUGACAUACAGUACAAAAGAUGGCACUUAGUAUUCUAGUGCCUAUUGAAACUGUUAUGUCAACCCACAAGCUUUGUAGUUUUGCCCUUCACACACAUGGUUCUACUGCCUUCUUCAAUGUGAGAACCACUUUGUCCACUUUCCAGUUAUUUGAUACAGUAUGAAAACUGAUUUAUUUCUGAUAAUAUACCCCUCUUUAAUGAUAUGUCGUUAUCUAUUACAAAGCUGUGACGCUAUUGGUGUGCAAAACCAUGUAUAAUGUAAAAAAUGAGCAUACGUAUGAUAUAGGACAUAGGAGAACCUACUGUAUUUACUCAAUCACCUCCACCUUCUUCAAUGGGCUCAGUAGUUAGGUGUAGAAAGAUAAAGAGGGGGCCAGGAUAAGAAGAUCAAAACCGCUUUUUGGAACAUGCAGCUGUCUGUCUGGAACCAUUGAUAUCACAUCUAUUCACAGUGAGUGCUACUCUGAAAUCAUCUCACCCUGUCUCUCUUAUGUCUGUGCACCUGCAGUCCGCCAGUGUGUUACAGUAUGUGGCAGUCCUCCCAUAUCCUGCUGUGUGUCUGCUACUGUCUAUUGUACCCCCAUACCACCCUGUUCUCUAGUGCCUGUCAGGGUUCGGUGUGUUAGACCUCCGCAGCCCACCAGCUCCUAGCGCCUGCCCCCCAGUACAGUAACUAACGUGCUGAGCACACCACACCUUGGUGCUAUUACUCUCUCAUCUAUAUGCUGUCAGUUUGAUGCGAAUGUACUCAAACCGUGUGAAAUGAAGACAAUAGGAUGUCAUAUACUGCAGACGUGUUGUGAUUGUGUGCUUGUAUUCUCAGCUUGCUCUGAAUGAACUAAUUAAAAAUGUUGAAGCAGAA